AUGGGAGACAAACCCCCAAACCCUUCUUACACACCACCAUCACCUCCUUCAAGAUCCAACUUACCCAUGUUAUACUACGGCCUCGUGGUCGUCGUAACGGCUUUCAUCAUUCUCGCAAUCUACAACCUAAUCAUCAUAAAAUGGUGCACGGACCACCAUCGUCGAUCACGGCGGCGAGAGACUCGAACUCAGGACCUCCAGAUAAGUCGGAGUUUUGACAACCCUAAUAGAAACUUGGUGUCUAGCUUCAGGUACAGGAAAGAGGGGGUGACUCAGGGUGAAGGAAACGAUUAUGAAUGCCCUGUUUGCUUAUCGGUGUUUGAAGAAGAUGAAGAAGUAAGGCAACUUCCAAGUUGCAAACACUAUUUUCAUGCUCAAUGUAUAGAUAUGUGGCUCUACUCUCACCGGGACUGCCCUCUUUGUCGUUCUCCGGUGCUUCAACGGCAUGUAGUUACAAUUCACCAGGAGGAUGCUAGAGAUGGAUUGCUAGUUUCAGGCAUCGUCUUUUAA